UGCGGUGGAUGGUCGUCAAUGUGGUGUUCGUGUGUUCCCCAGCAGGAUCCAGACUGGUCCGUAGGUUGUGCUGGAAGAGUGCAUUGUGCGAAAGGUCCUGUGUAGCGCUGGGAUGCAGACUGGUCCUGCGUCCGGGGUGUUGUGCUUCCAGUGAAUGGCGUCGCGUUCGCGCAUCCAGGUUUGGGUUCAAUUUGCCUGGCAAUCUACAGACGGCUCUCCCAGGGCAAAGUGCCGAGAAGGGGCGGGACUUCGGAGGGAGGACGGCGCGCGUCCAGGAUGUUACCUCCCGCGCACUGCGGGGAGUGUGAGGUUCCUGGCCUGUUUUGCGUUUGUGGCGGACGGAGAGAACAAGACUCGCCGGCGGAGAGGGGCUCGAGGGGGGGGAUGGGCCGCCGACCCAAGCAUUUCAGUGGCUUUCCGCUUUUCUGGGCAUCUGUUUAGCCAGCAACCCCAGCCCCUGUCAUGGAUAGCCGGUGUUGGAGGGUGGCUCGCCCUGGCCCUCCUGGCCCCUCCCUUGCUUCUUCUUCCAGGUUGCUUUGGGGGGAACCUGGAAGGUGGUGGGGGGGGUUUAAUGGAGGAAGAGCAACAGCGAGACAGCGCCUGCCCUCACUGCCCGCUUUCCAGGGGUUUUCGGUCUUGGGCAGUGGAGACGGUGCCCAGUGCUUAUCGAAAAAGGGAAGCUCGACCAAGUCGAAACUUGCAGGUUCCGUGUCCCCCUGGCUCCUGCCGCAAAACCGUCAGUUUGCCGGCCUCGUGCCUGGUGCCUCGAUCUUGCCCGCCCUGGUCUGACAAAAUUUCCAAUCCCGCCGUUAACGGCAAGUUCCUGAAUUGAAUCUUAUCGCAUGGGGGAAUGAGGUCGGGAUUAAUUGAGCCUGCCAGGACUCAAUCAACGGUGUUCGACACCUGGCCCCCCUUCGCUCCCGCAG